CAAGAAAGGAGCUCCAGUUCUUCUAAACUAAACAGGGUUGUUGUUGGCUGUUUCUCAAUUCACUUCCUGUCGCCGGUCUACAACGUGUGUUGGAUUGAAAACAUUUUGCGGUCCAAGUGACAAGCUUUAUUGAUGGACAUGGCAGAAGACAUACCUGAAGACUAUCCUACAGAGAUUGAGGAGCAGCUCACGGGAUUCGAAUCUUCAGUGGCCUCUGUGAACACAAUGGUACAGACUGUGUUGUCAAUGCCCAGAAAGGAACUCAUGGAAAGGCUGGACCCUCUUGAGCAAGCUAAACUGGACUUGAUGUCUGCAUAUACCCUCAAUUCAUUAUUCUGGAUGUACCUGGUUACACAAGGAAUUAACCCGAAAGAACAUGGAAUUAAGCAAGAACUGGAGAGAAUCAGGACAUACAUGAACAGAGUCAAGGAGAUCACAGACAGAAAGAAGGCAGCCCGUCUGGACAAAGGAGCGGUCUCUCGCUUUGUCAGAAACGCCCUGUGGGACUCUGAGGAAGCUGCUUCCAAAAAGGAAGGGCAGGCAUCCAAAACGGAAGGGACGUCGUCGAAAAAAGGGGGGUCAAAGAAGCACAAGGACACUCCAGGUCGCGGCCAACACUCUAAGCGCCCUAAGUUGAACUGACUAAAACGAGCAAUAUUAAGACCAGCUUCUUUUCUGUGCUCAAGACCCUUUUAGUUGCCUCUUAUAUAAACCUACCUUUAAAAGGUUUUUGUUUUUACAUUGCUGUCUAAGAGAUGUAAUCAAUAUCAUUUUGCCGUAUACCUGUAUGGUUCCUAGCUCUGUGAACUCCAGCCAUUUCCAGUGCUAGUCAAAUUACAUUUCUGAACAUAGGUAGGUCUAACACAGCAGACAAUGAAUAUGUGUAUCAGGAAUAUGAUAUUUUUUGUAUUUUUUUUUAUUGCCAGUGUUUUAAGUUUUUGCAUCACAAAGGUACAAUCAAUGUUGAUGUUUAUUUGAAGCUCGAUGGUUGUAUUGCAAUUGUAUGAAGGUCUGUGGUGACUGAUAAUCCAUUACAUUGUGUUGGAAGACUGAACUGAUCUUGUGAAGGGCAUUGUGUUAAUGAUCCCUCUUGGGUUUCAGCUACUUCUCCACGUUUGUGAUCUUUUGACAGCUAUUUACUUGUGUUGUAUCAUCCAUCAUCUAAGCUGUGUAAUACUGUAUGUAGCAAUAUAAGCAUAGCGUUGAGAUAUUUUGUAUUACAAUUGGUCCCAAGGCCCACUUUUCAAACUGCAGUAAUACAUAAUUAGAUAAGUGAUUUGUCAUAACUAAAUAUGGACAUAUUGACGAUAUAGUUUCAAAGUGAUUUGGCAGACUGUCAACGCAUCAAGACUUAUGCAAGUACAACAAACAUAAAAUCUUUUAUGUAACAAAAUG